GGUAUCGGUAAUUAGGAGUUGGACAAUAUCGGAUAUCGGCAAAAAGCCAUUAUCGGACAUCCCUAUUCUGAACCAUUUAAUGUUUCUGACAUUAUCCCCAAGCGUUGACAAAAUCCACACAUUUUCCCACAAUUAAAACGUUAAUCCGCGACAGAGCUGCGACUUAAUACUUUCACUAGAGGAGGCGGGCUAUCGUCAACUAGUAUUCUUGGCCUCCCCUCAUUGGCUGGAGGAAAAUGGUGAACUCUCUCCUCAUUGGCUGGUUCGUCUGUCCGUCUUAAGGUCCUUCCAGAUCAGACCGGUACUUUGAUAAACAAGAUCUUCGAUUGGCGACAUUUAAAUACGACUUACUCCCCAUUUGUCAUUUAAAGUAGACUAAUCCACGUUACGUUCGUGUUAAGUUCAUUUUUUUAUCCUUAAAAGACAACUUCGUCGCGUCGCGAUAUGAAGGUUUCGUGAAGGCUUGACUUUGAAACCGGAAACGCUCCAAUAUCUCGACAUAUUUGCAGGAGUUUAACAAACAGUUGGAACUCACUAAACACUAAAAGUAACUUAUUUAUCUCACUUUGUAUGUAAGUUAGAUAAGACUAAGCCCUCCUUUUAAACAUUUUUGAUGGUCGAUGUCGCACUUUCUCGCUCGGCGUGACCCCGCCCACACAUUCCAGUCGGUCUGGUCCGUGAGGAAGAAGAAGAAGAGGAGGAGGAGAGACAAGGAAGGACAAACGGCAGGAAAAGUGUGUGUUGAUGUUGAAGACGUCAAGAGGAGAUGAUCAACAAAAGCACUCGGGUGUUCUUGCUCCAUUAACGCAAUUUCUGCUGUCGGCUUCCCGUUGCAGCACAAAGUUUACCGCGAAAGAACUUUUCUUGUUUGUUGUGCCGGAGGAGGACCCAGCAGGACCAUGGAGAUCUUGGACUCCACCGAAGCCUUCAUGCAUUGGGACCGGAACCUCAGCGAGCUGUCCGAGGCUGCAGACAUGGACUGUGGUCUCUACACUAAUCACUUCUCUGAGCUCCUGGACGACCUCUCCCAAGACGGUCUGCUGGGCCAGCUCCUCAGCGACCCCUUCCUGUCCGGCGGGGUGAGAGGCGGCGCCGACACCGUGGAGGGCGGCGACCUGUGCCCCUCCUCACCGCUGCCUCCGCACAUCACGGCCGAGCACAGCUACUCGCUGUGCGGCGACAGCCGGCCGCAGUCGCCGCUGUCGCACUUGACUGGUGAACACGGCAGCGACGCAGAAUCUGACGGCGACUCUGCCGAGUGGGCGAUGGACCAGGACGAAGCGAUGGAGGGCCUCCUGUGUGACGCCCCCUCCUCCCUCCUGCCUGCCUUCUCUCUCUCCCUGGGCUCUGCUGAGGAACCCCUGGCCCCCGAGGAUCCCGCCGUCGCCCCCGCCAGCCCCGCUCAGACCCCCGUCAGCAGCCCCCAAGACAGAAGCAUCAAGGUUAAGGAGGAGAGCGUCCUCCCUCAGAUUAAACUGGAACCUCACGAGGUGGACCAGUUUCUCAACAUGUCCGCCAAAGGUCUGGAUGCUCUACAGAUGCCACCCACGCCUCCCAGCUCCCACGGCAGCGACUCGGAGGGCAGCCACAGCCCCGUGCACGCCCCUCCAAGCUUGUCCCGCCCCACCUCGCCCGCCAGUCCGCCUCCCGCCCAGGCGGGUCUGAAGGCGUCGCCGCGCGGGUCCUCCUCCUCCUUGUCCAACUCACCUCUGCUCACCGCCCCCCAUAAACUUCAAGGCUCGGGACCGCUGAUGCUGACUGAAGAGGAGCGCCGCACGCUGGUCGCCGAGGGUUAUCCCGUUCCCACCAAGCUGCCGCUCACCAAGGCAGAGGAGAAGGCGCUGAAGAAGAUUCGCCGGAAGAUCAAGAAUAAGAUUUCAGCUCAGGAGAGUCGCAGGAAGAAGAAGGAGUACAUGGACACCUUGGAGAAGAAGGUGGGAACAUGCUCCAAUGAAAACAGUGAUCUACACAGGAAAGUGGAGACGCUGGAGUGCACCAACAAGUCUCUCCUGCAGCAGCUUCAGUCCUUGCAAGCGUCACUCUCAGGAAGAGUGUCCAAAUCCUGCCGAGCAGCGAGCACACAGACGUCCUCCUGCCUGAUGGUGGUGGUGUUGUGUUUCGCUCUCUUUUUGGGCAGUUUCUACCCCGGCAGCCUGUCCUCGUCUUCCAGCAUCGCCGAGAGCGGCUUGACCUCUCGACAGAUGGCCGUCAAAGAGUCCUACUCAACGACAGUCAAGUCGAGAAGUCUCUUGUCCACCUUUGAGGACGAGCCGCCGCACCUCCUUGGCCUGGGGGGCGAGUACCCCGACCACUGGGAGGACACGCCCGCUGUCGUCAUGGCAGCGUGGCGCCGCUCAGAGCAACAGAGAGUGUCAGCAGAGGCGAGCUGGGCGGAGAGCCACCCGCCUUUCAGGAGUAAAAUGAACGCCACGCUCACGCCAAAGAACCUGCACAGGCCUCUGGAGCAGAGGACCAAAGGGAGCAGGACUAGAACGCUGGCAUUGGAGCCAACGGUCAACGAGACCUCCUGAGGUCCAAACCCCGCCCGGAACCCCCCUCGUCCGCAAGAUUCAGUGUCGUAAAUAAUCCUCCGACUCUUCCACGUCUCUUUUCUUUUCCCAAUCUGUCCACAGGGAGGAGUGACGUAGAAAAUAGGAAUAAUGUCGGCGCUCUUGUUAGCGUCAUCGCUGAAGUAAAGCUGCACUGAAUAUGAGUUAUUAAAGUCAUCCUUGCCAGUGAAUAAUGGAGCAUAUGAUGAGAGAAUAGAUGAGAGGCUUUUUUACCCGACACUGAAUUUUAUAUUUAUAUAUAUAUAUAUAUAUAUAUAUAUAUAUUUGUUUUCCUCCAAAGACCAUUGCUCUCUUUUUAACGUUUGUAUUCCUUUCGGUUAUUUCCCAUUUUGAUACAUGUGUUUAUUACUUUUCUUUUCAAUGUUUUUAAUAAUAUAUCGUUUAUAUUUUCCUAACGUGCCUGAUAGGAUUUCCUGCGCUGGUUUGAAGAGUACAUGUUGGAAAGGGUAAAGAAAGGCAACAACAACCUUCAUAUAGUCAAGUAGUAUACAUAGAAAUAAUAAUAAUAUAAAUGAAUUAUCGUAAAAAUGAAUAUAAAUAGUGCAUUUUGAAAUAAAUCGGACCUUAUCCUCUCAUGCUAAGCCGACUAAUUGAAAUCUGUAAAUCCGGGGUGUCCAAACAUUUUCCAGCAAGGGUCGCAUACAUAAAAUUAAAAAAUUUAAUAUUUUUUUUUAUAAUAAAACCUCUAAAGGCUUAGUGGCCACAUGUGUGGACAGCACCUUUUUAGCUCUUAUUUCCAAAAUUGUGUACACUACUGAAUUGGGGUCUUAUGGCCACUUAUGUGGACACUUAUACUGCCAUCUGGUGGUGUCAGGAGAGUAUAACAUACAAUUGAAUUUGGGGGGAAAAAAGUGUAAUGUCACUAAACAUGAAGUACACAUUUGUGUACUUAUGGACUAAGUACAUCAUAUUAAAAGAUGAUUCUUAGUUGUUAUUCUAAUUAGGGUCCAAUAAGCCCAAAUAGCAAAGAGAAAUAAAAAAAAAAAGCAUGUAAACAAACAGCUUGGGCCUCAAGAGGUUAAAAGCAGGUAACGGUGGUGAGUGCAAAGAGAAAUGUUUCAUGAUGAUAAUAAGAAGUAUGAAGCAGUGUUGUUAACAAAACCUCUAAAGGCUUAGUGGCCACAUGCGUGGACAGCACCUUUUUAGCUCUUAUUUCCAAAAUUGUGUACACUACUGAAUUGGGGUCUUAUGGCCACUUAUGUGGACACUUACACUGGUGGUGUCAGAAGAGUAUAACAUACAAUGGAAUUUGGAAAAAUAAGAAUUAGCAUGUCACUAAACAUGAAGUACACGUUUGUGUACUUAUGGACUAAGUACAUCAUAUCAAAAGAUGAUUCUUAGUUUUUAUUCUAAUUAGGGUCCAAUAAGCCCGAAUAGCAAAGAGAAAUAAAAAAAAGCAUGUAAACAAACAGCUUGGACCUUAAGAGGUUUUUAAAGAUCUUUAAAAAAUUCAAAUUUACUUCAACGUAUGCUAAACUGCCAAAAACAAAACAAAGUACAGUAGCUUGGUGCUAUACUUAGCUAAUUACUCAGUUAAAACAAAUCUAUGGGUUUUACCGGCAGCUCGGUCGUGGGAAUUUGACGGUAAAAUUGUCCGUGAAUUACUGUAAAUUUUAAAACGCUACCGUUGUUAUUUUUACGGCAACAUUUUGGGGACUCAGCUUCCAUUUAUUUUUUACCGUAGAAUCCACGGCCAUUUUCACGCUGCGUUACUGGAAAUGGCAAAAAAAAACAGUUACGCUUUUUAUUUUUAGGGGAAAAAUUCUGACGACUGACCAGCCAGUUUUUUCACUGUAAAAUCUACGGUGGUCGUUUUUACAGCACAUUACUGUACGUUGGACUCAGGUGGAUCUACUACAUGUUUUGUUUCUACAGUGUUCUAAUGUCUUAUCUACAAACCCCAGAACCAGUGAAGUUGUCACGUUGUGUAAAUGGUAAAUAAAACGAGAAUACAACAAAUCCUUUUCAACUUAUAUUCAAUUGAAUAGACUGCAAAGACAAGAUGUUUCAUGUUCACACUGAGAAACUUUGUUUUUUUUUGUUGCAAAUAAUCAUUAACUUAGAAUUAAAUGGCAGCAACACAUUGCAAAAAAGUUGUCACAGGGGCAUUUUUACCACUGUGUUACAUGGCCUUUCCUUUUAACAACACUCAGUAAAGGUUUGGGAACUGAGGAGACACAUUUUUGAAGUGGAAUUCUUUCCCAUUCUUGCUUGAUGUACAGAUUAAGUUGUUCAACAGUCUGCCUUCUCAUAUUUUAGCCUUCAUAUUGCGCCACACAUUUUCAAUGGGAGACAGGUCUGGACUACAGGCAGGCCAGUCUAGUACCCACACUCUUUUACUACAAAGCCACACUGUUGUAACACGUGGCUUGGCAUUGUAUUGCUGAAAUAAGCAGGGGCGUCUAUGAUAACGUUGCUUGGAUGGCAACAUAUGUUGCUCCAAAACCUGUAUGUACCUUUCAGCAUUAAUGGUGCCUUCACAGAUGUGUAAGUUACCCAUGUCUUGGGCACUAAUACACCCCCAUACCAUCACACAUGCUGGCUUUUACACUUUGCGCCUAGAACAAUCCGGAUGGUUCUUUUCCUCUUUGGUCCGGAGGACACGACGUCCACAGUUUCCAAAAACAAUUUGAAAUGUGGACUCGUCAGACCACAGAACACUUUUCCACUUUGUAUCAGUCCAUCUUAGAUGAGCUCGGGCCCAGCGAACCCGGCGGCGUUUCUGGGUGUUGUUGAUAAAUGGCUUUCGCUUUGCAUAGUAGAGUUUUUACUUGCACUUUCUCAGUUCGAACUUUAAGUAUCUUGUCUUUGCAGUCUAUUCAAUUGAAUAUAGGUUGAAAAGGAUUUGUUGUAUUCUCUUUUUAUUUACCAUUUACACAACGUGCCAACUUCACUGGUUU